CAGGAAACUAGAAAACUACAAAUCCCGUGCUGCAGCGGGAAGUAGGCUUCAUUAAUGUAUUAUUCUCGGCUUUGUCACAACGGACAGCUCCUUAUUAAUACACCUGUCGCAUACCUGAAGCGGUCGAGUAGAAGCUUCCUGUUGGAAAGUGAUGGCUGAAAACAAUGGAAGCAGUAGCUGCGCAGCGAAUUUGCCACCCGGCGACCCGCAGCUCAUAGGCCUGAUUGUGGAUCAUCUGAAGAGUCGCGGCCUGUUCGACGAGUUCCGUAGGGACUGCUUAGCCGACGUGGACACUAAGCCAGCUUACCAGAACUUGAAGCAGAAGGUUGACAACUUUGUUUCUACGCACUUAGACAAGCAAGAGUGGAAUCCUAACAUAAACAAGAAUCAGGUGCGCACUGGCCUGCGGCAAAGUGUCAUUCAGUCAGGAAUGCUGGAAGCUGGAGUAGACCGCAUCAUUGCUCAAGUAGUGGACCCCAAGUUAAAUCACAUUUUUAGGCCCCACAUAGAAAAUGCAAUUCAUGAAUAUUUGACUGCAGAGAACAAGCAGGAAACGGUGCCAACUGCACACUUGGAUCCUGAGAAACAAGAACCCAUAGCAACUGCUCCCAGCACACCCUGAGGUUGUACUGACGUGUGCGGCUAUGUAAGUUACAAUGAAUUGGAGGGAAACCAAUCUUCCAAGAGGACUGCGCGGUGUUAAAUGAGUAAUCGCAUUGGUUGCAGUUUAAGAAGAACAUCUGCAGCAGUGCACUUUGACCAAAGGAGCUGUGUGCUGAAAUUUCUGUAAAUGCAGGCACCUCUAGAGUAAGUGAAGAGAUGUGCACCUGUGAUACCACUAGGCACUGGGAUCUAAAUGAUGUUCUCAGGUGAAAAAUGAAGGAUUUUUAGAAGCUAUGCUAUAAGGGUUGUAAUGGCUGAAUGCUAUCUUUUAAUGCACAGUAAUUUUAGCUGUAAUUGUUUGCUGCUACAUCGAGGUUUCUACUUGAUUUUUUUACAGCUUUGGGGUUGAAGGAAUUAAACAAAAAAUAAACUUGAGCCAAAGGCCUUAAAAUUUCUCAGAAGUUGGGCAGGUGUGAACAUUUUUGUAUUACUGACUUUUCAAAAAGUGUGUUUUUUUCAUUAAACAGGAAUGGGUUUAUAUUGGUUUUUAUUUGCUAAAACCUGAAAUACACCAAGAGUGCCAAGAAUAGAGUCCAGCCAGCACUGCUGUUAGGGAUUUCCCACAACUACUGAGACUGGGGCGAUUGGGCUGGGCCGCCCUCUGAAAGGACUGGAGUGCUCCUCUGCACGAGUACUUUGUGUGUUUAAGAGAAUCUUUAACGUGUGUGACGUGUCACCACAGAUUUACUUUGUAGAAGUUGGGGUAGCAACUGUUCAUGACGAGAGGAGCCUAGUAUGAUGUGACCUGUGUUGAUGAGUUGUGCAUCCAUCACGGACUGAAAUUUUAGUUAAAAGCCUUAGUUUCUUACUUGGCUGACAGUGGGUAGACCAAAUUGGUCUAUAAUUUCUGUGCUUUAUUUGUAAAGAUUGUGGAAUGAUUUUUUUUUUUUUUUGUUAAAUGAUUAAACAAUCUAAAUGA